AAACAAGACUCAAGAUACGCCCUCACAUCCACGCGGCUGUGUGCAUGGAAGACGUAUACUAGGUGGUGGCGUGGCAGGCUCUAUACGCGCAAUCUGAUUGGCACGCUAAACAAGGCAAAACAUACCCACCGUGUUUGCUUGGCCGGGAUGACUGUUCCGCGACGACACUUAUGAUUUGCGAUGCACUGCACUAUGUUACUUGAACGCACUUGUAUUUGACGGGGCGCCAUCGACUGACAUGCAUCUUGUGUAGGAAAAUGUUCAUUGGUGGUCUCAACUGGGAAACGACCGACGAAUCUCUGCGAAAUUAUUUCUCCCAAUUCGGCGAGGUCACAGAAUGCACGGUCAUGCGCGACGGUGCAACGGGCCGGUCCAGAGGUUUCGGUUUCCUCACUUUCAAGGAUCCCAAGAACGUGAACACUGUCAUGGUCAAGGAGCAUUACCUGGACGGCAAAAUUAUCGAUCCUAAGAGAGCCAUUCCAAGAGAUGAGCAAGAGAAGACAAGCAAGAUCUUUGUUGGUGGUGUCAGCCAGGACACAACGGAAGCCGAAUUUAAGGAUUACUUCGCCCAGUUUGGCCGCGUCGUAGAUGCUACUCUCAUGAUGGACAAAGAUACCGGCCGGCCCCGAGGUUUCGGGUUCGUCACGUUCGAGAGCGAGGCCGGCGUUGACAAUUGCACCCAGCCCGGCCAAGUCUUGUCCAUCAAUGGGAAGCCUAUCGAAGUCAAAAAAGCACAACCCAGAAACAACAUGCAGGAAGAGGAAGCUGCACGUGGUCGUGGCAAGUUUGUCAAGAAGGGCGGUUUCGAAGAUCAGAACAACAACCAGAAUCAGAUGCAGAAUCAGAUGAACCAAAGUGGCAUGACCCCACAAGUCAUGGCUCAGUACAUGCAGAGGAUGCAACAAUACAUGACCAUGAUGCAACAGCAGGCUGCUAUGAGUCGGGGUAUGGGUAUGGGCAUGAUGAACCCAGCCAUGAUGCAGCAGAUGAUGCAAAUGCAGAUGAUGGCUCAGAAUGGCGGCCAAGGCAUGAACCCGGCUAUGAUGCAGCAGAUGCAGAACCAGAUGAACCAAAUGGGUGCUCAGAUGGGUCAAGGCGGACAGGGCGCCGAUCAGCAGCAGCAGCAGCAGCAGCAGCAACAACCAGGCUUCGGCAACCAACAACAGAUGGGCUUCGGUGGCCGUGGCGGUAGACGUGGCGGUCGAGGUGGUUAUGGAGGUGGCUUCGGGAUGGGUGGGGGUGCUGGCGGCGCUGGCGGCGCUGCUGUUGCUGCUGCUGCUGUUGCACCUACCGCUCCUGCUGGUGGUGAUCCGACAUCUUGGGAGGGCAUGUACGAUGACGUCCCCCAGCCAAAUUUCAAUCAGGGUGGCCGCGGAGGUUUCAACAGAAACAGAGGAAGUGGUCACCAAAGCCCUACGCCCAGCGACCCAGCGCAAGCACCGCCGCCCAAUGCCCCGACAGGCCCCAAAAAUGCUGGCAGACCUGGCGCCAAUUACCGUGGCGGUGGACGAGGAGCCAACCGCGGCUUUCACCCGUACCAACGCUAGGGGCAUGGUCAAGGAAUUCCUGCGUAUAACGGCCUUAAGUAGGAACCGACCGAUUCGCAACCGACGUUUUGGCAACGAUCCGAUCAGCGACCGACUAUGCAGCAGCCAGCCUCUCAGCGGGCCAGCCGCAGGGGAAAUCUCAUAAUCCAUACUGUAGCCACUCCCCCACCCCUACGGACGGACGCGGAAUGGUGUCCUCACGGUUUUAGGCUAGAUCUUGCACCAUACUAUUGUACCUACGGGUGCC